AUGUCGACUGGGCUCAGCUUCUUUUUAUUGGGGAUAGUUCUUCAAUUAGUCCAAGCUGAAUUACCCAGCUACAUAAAGGUAUGCAAGAGAAACGACCCUAAAAUAGAUAAAUGUAUCAUAAAUUCCAUUGAAACCAUCAGGCCUCAACUUAUUAAAGGAAUUCCAGAGCUAGAUGUACCAGCCUUAGAACCACUCGUUAUUGACAAAAUAGCUGUUUCUGAAGGAGGGCCUUUCAGAGCUAUUGGAACCGAUGUCACCAUCAAAGGAGCUUCCAAUUUCGAAAUUAAAGAUCUCAAGAGUGAUGUUGAUAAACUGCAAUUCCAAGUUGCUAUAUACAUUCCCUUUUUGACCUUUGAUGCCACCUACGAUGUUAAUGCCAAAAUUCUUCAGCUUAACGUGAAAGGAAAAGGUCCACUAAGAGCUAAUGCAACUGACAUUGAUGGAACAGGAAUAUUGAAAGGAAAGAAGAUAGUCAAAGAUGGAAAACAAUAUGUUGCACUUGAUCUUGAUUUAAAACUGAAAAUAAAGAAUUAUCAUGUCCAUCUCGAAAACCUCUUCGAUAAUGAUCCAGCUCUCAAUGAAGCAAUUAACGUUGCUCUUAAUGAUAAUAAAAGGGAAUUGAUGACAGCUCUUCGACCUCAAGCAGAACAAAUUGUAACAAAAGUUUUACUGAAUAUUGCAAACAAAAUUACUCAACACUUCACAUAUGAUGAACUUUUCCCCCUAAAAUGA